AUGGAUCCCAUAGCAGCUACCCAGCUCGCAGCAGAUGUAGCAGGCAUCUUCUUGAAAGUUGUGACUACUGUUAAGGACGUUAUCGAGACGAUGAAAGGGGCCAAAGAAGCCCUCAUCGAACUCCUGAGCCGCUGCGAAAGGGUACGAUUGUAUCUCGAGCUGUUCAGAUCUCUCACCAGCCGGUUGUCCAACCCAGUCGAAAAAUCCAUAUCGCUAUCGUUCAAUGAUAGUGCGUACCGCCAGACAGCGAACGAGAUCCUGGGGUUUGUUCACAAGGUCGCGGAUGCCUCAAAGCACUCUGAACUCUGGAUGAAGUUCAGCUGGGUGUUCUACAAGGCCGAUGUCACCGCGUUAGUCGGGAAGCUCGAGGGCCGCGAGAAGGACCUCAACCUUGUCCUUACUUUCAUUGCAGCUCAGUCCAGUGUGGUAACUGAGAAAGAGAUCAUUACCAUGAAGGGCCGUGCUGAAGAAUGGGCACAAAUCACUGAAGCUUUUGGCGCGGCUCAUUUGGGCCAGGACGGUAAUGGGUUGGUCAUGAAACACUCCUCCGAGCAAGGGAAAAACGGACAUGGCUCUCACACUGGAUUGCUCAACGAUCAAAGGCAAAGUGUGAUACCAAUUCAAGCUCCAUCUAACUCAAUGAAGCCAGCUCUGUGGCUUGGAAACGUCGUCAGGACAGGAUUGGACCCGGUGUAUCUCAGAGAGAGAGCUCGGCUGUCCGACGCAGCAUAUUGGGGAGACUGGCAUCAGUUGUUGUCUUCACUGGACACGGGCAGACGCCGCUUUGGCGAGUCAUGGUGCAAUGCUCUACCUCUAAGAUCAGAAGACGAUCCGCACCGACUGAGCCUAUGGGCUCCUUUGCAUCAGGCAGCGUAUAUGAAUGCGCCGAAGAAAGUAGUAGAGAAAUUCAUCCGAUUAGGGGCUUUCAGAACCCUGCCGACCAAGAAAACCAAAGGCGAGUUCCGUUAUCAGGAUCUGACGGCCGUCGAAAUUGCCCGUGAACUCGGAUACUCAGAUCUUUGGGCGAUUUUGACUCCAGUUAUCCGUCAUUUCGUCCCAGCGAGGAUUCUAAUGAACCUGGAACAAAAGUUCCACGAACUGAUCCACGCCGAGCUGGCUGGCUUUGCUCAUCUGAAGUACCUUCGCCUUCCUCAGCUGGUGGUAUUGACCGAGCUGGAGAAUCCGCAGAUGUGGUUUCCAAUUCAACCCCCGAGUCAACAUAGGAGAGGAUUUUUGUUUCGUCUGGAUGGUCGAGAACUGGUGGUUCUAAGUAUUGGGAGGAACCCUCCGCAGUCCAAACAACUCUACCGCGUAUCAGCAACAGGAUGGGUUGCGAUACAUGAUGCAGUCGUGUUUCAACGGUAG